GCGGACAACAUUGACUUAAAGACUGUCUAGGUUUAGGGCCUGGAGCACUUUUAUUUAUGUUAUCUAUGUAUCGUAGCCAAUGAUUAUGAAAGCUACAGGUUCCGAACAAUACGAAGAGCAUGGAAUUAAACCGCCAAAGGUUCGAAAUCUCUUACCUUCGAAGAAAUUCCGUGACAACGUUAGGAAAUGGGGCGAAUCGUCGGAGUUGAGUAGAAGACGAGUUAUAAUUGUGCCCAGCAUAAAAUGUGCGGCUAGAGAAGUGAAUGUGACAGCAGAAGAUAAAGACAAGAAUGUUUAUCAAGAUUCUGAAGAUGACAUAUUCGCUCGGCAAGUUGAAAGAUACAAGAAGCAGUUGCAGGAACGGAAAAAGACCAGGGAAAUUUUAAACAACUGUGGACUCAGACAAGACUGGCUUAAAAACAAGACUGGUAAAACUGAACUUGAAAGAAGAGUUUUGAAAAGAAUACUGUUGAAAGGAAAACCUGAGAUUACAAUCAAAAAGGCUCCCACUCCUCCCCCAGAGACUGAAGAGGACACAACAGUAACUGGUGAAGACAGGGGGGUACCUACCAUUCACCAUCCCUCCCCAGCUGCCUUAGCUAUCAUUCAAAAAUACUUAGAUCGCAAAAGGAUGCGCCUGUUGGAUCUGUUUGCUCAAGCUGACAAAGACAAGAACUGGGUGGUGUCACGGCAGGAGUUCAGGAACAUUAUCCGAUCAUGGCGGAUUCCACUCACAGAUGUUGAUUUGGAGGAUUUGAUAUUGGCUCUGGACAGAGAUAACAGUGAUGCAUUAGACUACAGAGAACUGGCAGUUGGUAGACAGUCGUAUCUGGAGGAGAGGGUCACUAAACAAGCGGCAGAGAUUGUCCAAACUGCUAACACUAAAACUUCCAAAAGACCUGAAACCAUUUUUGAGGAGCCUGAACCUGCUUAUGACCCUGCUAACGAAAAAUGGUCUGGCACUGGAACACAAAGACCUCCAUCACCUCAAAGACCACCCUCACCACGAGCCAACCCUCAAAAAAGACCCUCAUCCUCACCACAGAGACCCUUAACCCCUUCAUCUGCUCCUGUACAACCAGUGGCCUUUAUAGCACAGCGGCCAGGGUCUGAUCCCCAGUUGCGGCGCUCUCGGCCUGUGUCACCCACAAGUAGUGGAAGUAUUGAGAGCUUAUCACCCACCCUGUUGGAGAUACCACCUGUUCAGUUAUCAGAGAAAGUGGACCAGUUGACUCAAGAUGAGAUAAAAGACAGACGCAUGAAAAAACAACAAAAACGGAAAGAAAAAGAAAAAGCCAAACAGAAAAAGAGAACUGCGCCAGAAAAAGUGUCUGUGGCUCCAUCCACCCUAGGGGGUAGGGUGGGGGAGAUGGUGGAUCGCUACCGAAAGAUGACCAUGAAGGAGUAUAAUGAUGUCGUGGAACUUUGCCAUAUGCACGGAGUGCAGCUGAGUAAGGAUCUUCUGGAGCGAGUUCUCCUUCAACCAGAAGAUAAACCGCUGUCACAGAUAAAGCUGACCGCGCGAAAACCUGGACUCUUUUCAAUCUCAACUAGGCAUCACAUACCACAAGUUAAGUUCCAGUCCUCCACGGCUGGAAGCAACAAGCGGCGGCCGAAUUUUAGAAACCCGGGUCCAAACACGUGACAAAUGACUUUCAAUAUCAAGCGGCCAAGGUUAUUUUUGUAGCGACAGUACAUAAAAAGCUAAAUUGGAGAGACAAAAAUAAAGACUUACUCGUUAGAUCGAAAACUAUACGCUACUUUUUUUGUUACAUUGUAAAUCAAAGUACUCGAAGGAUAAUUACUGUAAUAAAAGCGUUUAUCAGGUUGAGAAUAACGCUUGCUAGUAAGUUUGUUUCAGUCGAAAUUUAUUGGGAAUUAAAUUUCUUUGGUUAUCCUCAUCCGUGGGGAUGGUAUUAGUGAGGUUACUGGUACGCAUUGCAUUACUGGCAGUGUGCUUUCUCAGUACAUAAUUUAAUCAUAUCAUUUGAGGCAUAACAGUAAAAUAAUAGGUUUGGCUGAAGGUGUUUAGUUUCCUGUGCAAAAAUUUCGGGCAUUAGUUGUAUUGUUUAUACCCAUGUAGCCAAGGCUUUUAAGGAUAAUUUGAUUUUGUUUUUUGAUGUUCGUAUGUAUGUCGCGUUUCGAAGCUUGGAAAAAAAAUAAUAGUAUUACUAAAAACAAUAAUAACAAUACUGAUGAUAAUGAUGGCAAUGAUAACAAUAUUUAAAAAAAGAAUGUAUAUAAAAUAUUCUAAAAUUGGAUUUUGGACUACAGCCAGCUGUAAGCAUCAAAUUUGAGAGAAGGAAGCAGGCUGAAGCAAAGUAACACAGGUGUCACGAGAACUCAUCCCGUAAUUUGAGAAUGAAUUUUCUUAAAAUGGCCAUCAAAACAAGGAAGCACUAAUGGAUAGUCGAACGUGCCUGCUACACGUAGUUUACGCUGAAACAGAACAUUGAUUCCACCGUAGCUGAUACGUAAGUUCAUAGAUUUUAUGUGGUGUAAAUAAGGUACAUGACGAAUAGUUUGAAGCCAACUGAGCCAUUUUACCCUUUGCUGUGGUUCUCGGUCAAGAACAGGAGGCGUAAGAACUCACACGUUUAUUACAAAGCAUAUGGAACAGAACUAAACUAAGGAAACCAAAUCACAUGCAAGUGAACAAUUAUUAGCUGCCCAAUUUUUG